AUGGCUAGUCCUCCCGUACUUGCUUUCGAUGCUGAGGGCCGCCCAGUGAAAUUUGACACCUGGCUAGAUGACCUGCACCUCUUCCUACAGCUCACUGCCAAGGAGGAUAUUUCGCUGUACGAUCAUGCCCUCGGUCACGCUACUGCCCCUCCUACCACUGCAGACAGCACUCAGCGCUCACAGUGGCAGACUCGUGACGCUCACGCUCGCUUCGCUAUUCGCAACUCCCUGCCACUCGAUGAGCGCGAGCACUUUGGCCAGCACAAGACUGCUAAGGACCUGUACACUGCUGUCGUUGCUCGUUACUCCUCACCUGCCUCUGCCGCACUAGGCCGCCUCACCCUCCCCUACCUGUUCCCCGACCUGGCCUCCUUCAGCACAGUCGCUGACCUCAUCACCCACCUCAGGACCAUCACCCGCCUCCCCGACUCCCUGCGCACAGUCAGGGACCACUUCCUCUCUCGCUCCCCCACUGAGCUCACCAUUGCCCUCCUCGAGAAGGAAUUGCUUGCAGCUGAGGCGAGCAUCGUCGCUGUAGGCACCUCUCGUGGCGACCCCCGCACCCCGUUCUUUGAGGGGUGUUCCCCUUCCCCUCUCCUCCCCUCUGUCGCCUCUGCUGCUGCUGUCGACCUCCUUGGUGCUGAGAAGGUCGGGGCUGCGUCUGCUCCGAGCGGGCGCCGCAGGGGCAAAGGGGGCAAGGGUGGAGGUGGCGGCGGGGGCGGCGGGAGUGGUGGUUGUGGGGGUGGCGGUGGGACAGGGGAGGCUAGUGGCGGCAGUGGGGGUGGUGACAGCAGCGGCGGGAGUGGUGGCAGGGGCGGAGGCGACAGCGGAGGCGGAGGUGGUCGUGGCGGCGGCAGGGGUGGAGGUGGCCGGGGCGGUGGCGGCGGCGGUGGUGGUCGUGGAGGCGCUGGCGGUGGACAGAGUCAGCAGCCCGCCCCGUCGCUUCAGGCCGCCCGUGAGUGGUAUGCGCAGCGUGGCUUUACCUGCACGUACGUCAUUCGCACUGGUGACCGCACUGGUCAGCAGUGUGGGAGGCCGCAUCCCACACAGCGCUGUUUCGCACGCCUUACUGACGCGUGGCGUGCCCAGUUUCCUGAUGCCACUGACCUGCCCCACUGGGCUGAUCUGGAGAAGAAGGGAGUUGAUAUCUGGGCUUUAGACUUUGAUGCUAUUCUCACUGCCAUGUAUGCGAUGUUUACUAGUGGAGAGGGUGCUCAGUACUUGCGUGUUCCGCCCGACCCGGGCAUUCAGACCAGUCCGGCUGCCGCUCUAGGUGCUAGUGCGUCUGCUGCCCCAGGUCCUGGUGAGGCUGCUGCUCUGGGUGCUAGUGCGUCCGUGCCCGCUGGUACUGAGUCGACUGCAGCACUGCACACCUUCACAUUGGACUCAGGUGCUUCUCGCUGUUUCUUUCGUGACCGCACUGUCCUUGAGCCACUCGCUCGGCCAGUUGCUGUCUCCCUCGCUGACCCCUCUGGGGGUCCGGUCGUUGCAACCUCCUCCACUGUCCUUCCUUGUCCUGCGGUCCCGUCAGGCACGCUGUCAGGUCUCUACCUCCCCUCGUUCUCUACGAACUUGGUGGCAGGUAGUGCGCUCCAGGACGGGGGUGUCCACCAGUUCACCCCUGCUUACGAGCGCGUGACCCACUGCACGUGUGCUCGGACGGGCCGUCACCUGGCUACCUUCACUCGGCAGCCGGGGUCGGACCUGUACACACUGACCACUGAGUCCCCUCAGGUAGCUGCGUCCGCGUCUGCGUCUGCGUCAGGUCAGCUGUCCGCCCCCUGCUCGUGUCGCUCUCUGGCGCAUGAGACUGUCCUUUGGCACCACCGCCUUGGUCACCCGUCUGUGCAGCGCCUUCGGGCCAUGCACAAACGGUACCUUGUCUCUGGUCUUCCCAGGGUUCUCCCUCCCCUGCCACCCUCGCCUGCUCCUCCCUGCCUUCCCUGUGUCGAGGGGCGGCAGCGCGCCGCUCCUCACUCCUCCUCCUUCCCCCCGACGACUGCUCCUUUGCAGACGCUCCACAUGGACGUGUGGGGCCCAGCCCGCGUCCGUGGUCAGGGUCAGGAGAGAUCUCGUCUCCAGCUCAGUGAGCGUUUCCGCUCCGACUUCCCUGUCCUGCGUCUGCACUCUGACAGAGGUGGGGAGUUUUCCUCUGGCCUCUUGGAGGCCUUCUGUCAGCAGGAGGGCAUUGAGCAGUCGUUCACGCUUCCGGCCUCUCCACAGCAGAAUGGGGUUGCUGAGCGCCGCAUUAGCUUGGUCAUGGAGGUCGCUCGUACCUCCUUGGUUCAUGCGGCUGCCCCCCACUUUCUGUGGCCGUUUGCAGUCCGAUACGCUGCGCAUCAGCUCAACCUCUGGCCCCGUGUCUCCUUACCGGAGACUUCUCCGACACUGCGUUGGACGGGAGAGGCUGGCGAUGCGUCGCGUUUUCGGGUCUGGGGAUCCCGAGCUUUUGUUCGCGACACGUCCGCGGACAAGCUCUCCCGUCGAGCUGUCCCCUGUGUUUUCCUUGGCUUUGUCCCGGACGCGCCUGGUUGGCAGUUCUACCACGCCACCUCGCGUCGGGUCCUUGCCUCUCAGGACGUCACUUUUGACGAGUCCGUCCCCUACUACCGCCUCUUCCCCUACCGCACUGCCCCGCUCCCCCCCCCGCCUCUCUUCCUCGCUCCAGGUGCUGAGGUCCCAGACCCCCUCCCCCCUCAGGGUGCCGCUCCCUCAUGUGUGUCCCAGGUAGACCCGGUUGAGCCUGCUGAGGUAGCUGUUGACUCUCGUCCUGCUGGGGGUGCUGAGCCUGACCGUGAGGAGUCUGAGGGUGCGGAGCCUGGGGGUGCGGAGUCUGGGGGUGCUGAGCCUGGAGGUGCUGCGUCUGGGGGUGCUGAGCCUGGAGGUGCGGAGUCUGGAGGUGCUGAGCCUGGGGGUGCUGCGUCUGGGGGUGCUGUGUCUGGAGGUGCUGAGCCUGAGCGUGCUACACCUGGAGGAGCCCUCUCCUCCCAGCAGCUGCAGGAGAGGUACCUACAGUACUGCCGCCUCCGGAGAGGUGCUACUGGAGCUCGUUCCGGUACUUCCCCUCGUGCCCCGGAGCUCCCCCCCAUUCAGCAGAUCCGAGAGUGGUACACGCGGCGCUGCAGUCUUCGGAGUGGUGCUCCUGGUGCUGCGGACCCUGGGGGUGGCGCUGCUGCUGGUGCUGAGGACCCGGGCGUUGGAGCUGCUGCUGGAGCUGGGGACCCGAGCGGUGGAGCUGCUGCUGGAGCUGAGGACCCGGCUGGUGGAGUUCCUGCUGGUGCUGCGGACCCGAGCGGUGGCGCUGCUGCUGGUGCUGCGGAUCCGGACAUUGGAGCUACUACUGGAGCUGAGGACCCGGACGGUGGAGCUGCUGCUGGUGCUGAGGACCCGGACGUUGGAGCUGCUGCUGGUGCUGAGGACCCUGCUGCUGGUGUCUCUGCUGGUUCUGGAGACGCUGCGCGGCCGCGACCGCGACCGUACUUCGUCCCGCUUCUUCAGCAGGUUCUUGGUCAGGCUCCUCCUCCUUGUCCUCCUCCCUCCGUCGAGUGUCCUCUGCCUGUCCAGUCGCAGUCACAGUUCCCGCCUGCCUCGCCUCUCCCUGGUCCCUCUCCUUACACUGGUCCCACAGGAGGUCUUACAGAGCGUCGUGAGCCUGAGUCUCGUCCUGCGUCGCCUGUUCGUACUGCUCGCACUGGUCGUCGUGUCCCACGUGAGCGUCCUCCUCCUGUCCCUGGCACUCACUACAUGACUCUGCGUCCCUCCACUGCUCCUCAGCGUGUCCCGCUGCCGUCUCCUCCUGCGUCCUCUCUGCCUACUCUUCCUGAUCCGGAGUCUGACUCCCGUCGUGCUGCCAGUCCCACUGUCACCCGUCUCCUCGCUACUGUUGUCACUGACCCUACCUUUGAGUCCUCUGCUGCGUCUUCUCUGGUCGCUGAGUUAGUUGACUUUGCUGCUGCCUGUCGUCUAGACUACGCCACUAGCCUCGUUGCUGAGUCUGAGUCUGAGUCUGUCUGUCCUCCGUCCGUCGGGGGUGAGUGUGCUCUUGGCAUGGACGUCCUUGAGGACAGACAGGAGGAGUUCCAGUGCUUUGCUGCUGCUUUACCCCACCUCGUGUCCAUGCUAGUUGCCCCUGAGGGAGACCCGGAUGCACCAGACAUCCCGACCCCGCGCACUUACGCUGAGGCGAUGGCGGGUCCCUACUCCUCUCAGUGGCAGACAGCCAUGGACGCAGAGAUGGCUUCCUGGAAGUCCACACGCACCUACGUCGACGAGGUUCCCCCACCUGGGGCGAACAUCGUCAGUGGCAUGCGGAUUUUCAGGGUGAAGCGGCCGCCGGGUUCUCCUCCUGUCUUCAAGGCGCGCUACGUGGCUCGAGGCUUCAGUCAGCGAGAGGGAGUUGACUUCUUUCAGACCUUCUCCCCCACCCCGAAGAUGACUACUCUUCGGGUGCUGCUGCACAUAGCCGCUCAGCGCGACUACGAGCUUCACUCACUUGACUUCAGCACUGCUUUCUUGCAGGGCAGCCUGCACGAGGAGAUCUGGCUGCGCCGCCCUCCUGGCUUCACUGGGUCGGUUCCUCCUGGUACCCAGUGGAGACUUCAGCGGCCGGUCUAUGGUCUCCGCCAGGCACCGCGUGAGUGGCACGACACACUGAGGACGACACUUGCGGCUCUUGGGUUCGCUCCCUCCACUGCUGACCCGUCACUGUUUCUACGCACAGACACCUCGCUGCCGCCGUUCUACAUCCUCGUGUACGUCGACGACUUGGUCUUUGCCACUGCUGACACCGCGGCACUCGCCCACGUGAAGUCGGAGCUGCAGAGGAGACACACGUGCACAGACCUGGGUGAACUGACAAGCUAUCUUGGCUUGCGGAUCACUCGGGACAGAGCACGGCGCACCAUCACCUUGACUCAGUCACACAUGGUGCAGCAGAUCCUUCAGCGCUUCCGCUUCACGUACUCCUCGCCUCAGUCCACUCCUCUGCCUACCGGUCACUCGCUCUCAGCUCUGCCUUCGGAUGAGUCCGUAGAGCCGAGUGGCCCGUAUCGAGAGCUUGUGGGCUGCCUCAUGUACCUGAUGACCUGCACUCGACCUGACCUUGCAUACCCUCUUAGCAUCCUUGCACGCUAUGUCGCUCCUGGCCGUCACAGGAAGGAGCACAUGGAUGCCGCUAAAAGGGUGUUGCGCUACUUGUGCAGUACGUCGGGCAUGGGGCUAGUGCUUGGAGGGCGAGACCGUGUUGUACUUACUGGACACUCAGACGCUUCUUGGGCGGACGACCAGGCUACUCAGCGGUCGUCUCAGGGUUACACCUUCAGCCUUGGCUCCGGCUCAGUUUCUUGGCGUUCUACACGCUCUUCGUCUGUUCUCAGCUCCAGUUGUGAGGCUGAGAUCUACGCCACAGCCAUGGCUGCCCAGGAGCUACGCUGGCUGACCUACCUGCUGACCGACUUGGGAGAGCGGCCUCGUUCUCCUCCAUUGCUGUACGUCGACAACCAGGCUGCCAUUGCCUUGUGUGAGGAGCACAGACUGGAGCACAGAACGAAGCACAUCGCCCUACGGUACUUCCUUGCUCGAGAGCUGCAGCAGCGUGGUCAGCUUCGUCUGCGUUACGUGGCCACUGAGGCCAACCUUGCGGAUGUGUUCACCAAGGCGCUUCAGCCUUGUGACCAUCAGCGUUUCUGUACUCUUCUAGGCCUUGUGCCUGCUGGACCUCACUUGCUUACUUCUUGA